GAACUCGACUUCAGUGAACUUUACAUGACAUCAAUCAGCAACUCGUAAGAAACAACCUCCUAGUACUCACUCAACAGAGCAUCCGCUGGAUAGUACUGUCCUUGAACGCCGCCAUCCAACUAGACGACUUACUCAGCUGCUUCUGCUUUCGCCACAUGCGACAGGCCUUGAUCCGGCACCUCCACGAUCCUACCGCGUCAAAUCAGGUGGUCUCACAACAUACCCGAACGAGCCUCGAUCCCUUCAUUCACACUUCAGCCGAGGUCAGCUACGUUACACCUUUCAAAUAGCUUGCAUGUGUCCACCAGCAGAAAGCCCCGCUGCCCAAGUCGACGCCCCUCGAAUAGUCAGACAUGGGCGAUAACUUUGAUGUGAGGUUGUUGAAACGGAGCAUCGGGGCGGCGAAAAGAGACAGGUCUAUCAAGACAUUGUACGGGGACAAAACCUGGGUGGAGGAUCUCGAUAUCGUCAAUGAACUCGGAGCCCACACAGGUUGUGUCAAUGCCCUAAGUUGGUCUACAAGUGGCAACUUCCUCGCCUCCGGUUCCGACGAUACCCAUCUAAACAUUUGGGAGUACAACCCUGCAGGGCUAUACAAUACCUUUUCUCUGAACACGAGCGUUAGUACCGGUCACCAUGCAAACAUCUUCUCGGUCAAGUUCAUGCCGCACUCCGGGGACAGGAAAGUCGUCACAUGUGCUGGAGACUCCGAGGUCCGAGUGUUCGACCUCGAAUAUGCGGGCUCGUCGCAGACAGGCUCAACAGACCCGAGCUUGUCCGCGAGCACAAGAAGUAGGAGGUUCAACACUUUCUUUCGGAAUGCAAGAUGGUUGAACGAAGGCAACACCAAUGCUCGCGUAUACCGAAGCCAUGCCGACCGCGUCAAGAGAAUAGUCACAGAGUCCAGCCCCCACCUCUUCUUGACCUGCUCCGAGGACGGAGAGGUACGGCAGUGGGACCUGAGGCAGCCUUCAUCAGCGUAUCCUGCUCCUCGAGGUGGACGAGGACUUGGGGGUUUGCGAGGAAGCACGGAAGAAGAGUCCGGAGAUACUCCGCCACCACUGAUCUCCUACAAGAAGUAUGCUCUGGACUUGAAUACCAUUUCGUGUGCAGCCAGCCAGCCACAGUACAUUGCACUAGGCGGGGCCCAUCUCCACUGCUUCUUGCAUGACAGACGCAUGCUUGGCCGCGAUACUGAGAGUGAAAAGGGUCGACCUGCCACUCGCAAGCCUGUUGUUGGCACUUACGAAGAUGAAGCAAUGGCAGAAGCCACGAAGUGUGUGCGACGGUUCGCCCCAAAUAACAAACGUAAGAUGGGCCUACAUGAUCACGGCCACAUCACAGCAUGUAAGAUAAGUGACGCUAACCCGAACGAAAUGAUCGCAUCGUGGUCCGGUGAUCACAUCUACAGCUUUGAUAUCGUAAAAUCACCAGACGCCAGAGGCGCCGAUGCCAGACAAAAUGAGGCCUUUCAAGCGACCCGUCUCCGGAACCGUUCUGACCGCAAGCGAAAGAGGACCACCAAGGGCAAUGCCUCGUCGAGCAGCUUGACAGAGUCGACUAACCCCAGUCGACGUCUUCGAAGAGUGCCGGAUGAGCAGCUGGAAGAAGGCCAUACCGCGUUACUCGCAAGAUACAGUGAUGGAGCGUCUGAGUUGAUCCGGCUCCCUACUGACGAGGCCGACCCCAACACCGAACCUGCUCCUUCCCAUGAAGUUCUCCUUACCGAAGCUCAAAGGUCGGGUGAGCGUGUCGCUCGAUCAUUGACUCGACUUCGCAAAACCCUGUUCGACUUCUCGGCGUUCUUGGGACAGGACACCGCCGUAUCCAUGGAAGGUUCUUCGGAGCUCACGCCGUAUACGAAGGUACUCACCAACGCGCUCGGCCAGUGUGCUUCUCUGCUCCCACAGAUGGACGAGAUCAUUCGCACCUGGUCCUAUCCCAUCAAUCCGAGCGAGGAGGAUGUUAUGCUCCAGAACACCUUGAGAAGGAAUAGGCAAGCAAGUUGGCGUUUUGUGCAGGCUUCGGGCUGCCUCGCUCGUUGCCUUGGCGGUCGUUUGCAGAGCGCAAGUUCCGCGCCUGAUGUCCGGCUGGCGCAUUUUGACAUGAUCAAGCCUGCAGCUCACGAGGGCAAAAACACCAACAGGGGGUCAAGAUUUUGCUACGACUUCCUCAAGGCAAUCCUUCUCUGGUUGGAAGGAGGCCAGAAAGCCGUGCUUGAAGCGUUCCAGAGACCUGCCCAUAUCAGUGCGGAAAGUCCUCGUUUUCCGCUCGACAGAAACGACACGGUGGAGAAUUUCGUGCCGAAGUUGGAAGCAUAUCUUAUGAGCCUCGCAGAUCAAGAUGCUCCUGUGAUUGAUAUCGAUGCAAACCGAUUCGAGCGUGAUGAGAGUCGUGUGGUCUUUCACGAUCAGGAGUCCGCUGUUGCCGCUUUCACCAGAGCCCUUGCAGGCGUACCUCUCGAAACAAAUCAAGGCAUGUCUGAAGGGGUCGUUGAUCCCUCAGGCUCCAACAGUACUGUUCGCGUCAUGGACAAGGGAGCUGCAGCACGAUUCUGGGGGCUUAAAGUUGGCCGCUCCUUACUAUUGAGCGCUGCUACAGGGGUGACGUUUGACUUUGUCAAUCGAGCAUUUGGAGGAUUGAGGCUCCAUGUUCUUCCGCAUAUGGAAACCGAAGAACGAACACAAGAAGACAUUGACCCCGAAGAAGAAGAACGGGUCGUAGAGGCUAUCGACGUUGUGAGGAGAACGAAUGCUUCCGACAAUGGACAGCCUUCUGGCGCUGCGUCCGAAUCCCCGCAUACUGCUCAUGAGAUGACUGGAGGAUCCGGUCGUUCCGAUGUCGAAAUGAGUACCCCUCCUACCGUCCACGUCGAAGAUGUCGAUAAAGACGAGGACGAGGGAGAGGAAGUACCCGAUGAUGAAUAUGAUGAUAAUAACGAAAAUGACGAAUCUGAGUCUGACCACUCAGACUCCGAUGAUGACUCGGAUGAUGACGAUGACGACGGUGAAUUUGCGUCUCAGCAGAUAUUGUUUCGGCGGCGAACUGGAUUCGGCCGGUCUCGCGAGCGAGCCUCGGUCAAUUUGCACGUUCCAUACUCAUCCCACAGCAGGGUCUACAAAGGCCACUGCAAUACGCGUACGGUCAAGGACGUCAACUACUACGGACUGAACGACGAGUACGUGGUCAGCGGAUCAGACGACGGCCAUUUCUUCAUCUGGGAUCGGAAGACGUCCAAAAUCCUUAAUAUCCUGGAAGGAGAUGGGGAAGUGGUCAAUGUGGUGCAAGGACAUCCGUACGAGCCCAUGAUCGCAUGCAGUGGUAUUGAUAGUACGAUCAAGGUCUUUGGACCUGCAGGUGAAAGUCGGGAACGAUACACCGCUGAGAAAGGACUUGACGUCGCCAAUCCUGGAGGGAGUGUACAUAGCUCGCUGCGUUUCGAUGGUCGAAGGAGCACGAGGCGGAUGCGGCAAGGCGACGAAGAUGACAGUGACAUUGAUGUGGAUGUUGAACACUCGAGCAAUGGUCUAGAGACUCGCCGAGCCAUGCACCGGGAAUAUGAGAUCACCAGCCAGAAUGAUGCGGAGCGAAGACGCGGCGUGGGCGACACCCUUGUCACGGUAGGUACUAUGGAGGCACUGCUGGCGCGCGCAUGGAUCAUGUCGGGAGUGCAUUUGAUCUGAUUUCCUUAUUGCCGGCACGAUUGUUGCUGAC